AUUCAGAAGACUGAUUCCUGAAUGGUGGGCAGGCAAACUUCACGGGACGCAGUUUAGGCGCAGCCAUGGCGGUACCAUUCCGGAAAGAGUUAGAGAAAUACAAGAACAUCAAUGAAGAUGAAAUCCUCAGCAAACUCUCAGAGGAUGAGCUAAAACAGCUGGAAAGUGUUCUUGAUGACCUGGAUCCAGAGAAUGCACUUUUGCCAGCAGGCUACCGACAAAAGGACCAGACCAAUAAAUCCGCCACGGGGCCCUUUGACAGAGAACGACUCUUGUCCUAUUUGGAAAAGCAAGCAUUAGAACACAAAGACCGGGAAGACUUUGUGCCUUUUACUGGAGAAAAGAAAGGGAAAGUCUUCAUCCCCAAAGAAAAGCCCAUAGAAACCCGCACAGAAGAGAAGGUGACCCUGGAUCCAGAAUUAGAAGAAGCCUUGGCCAGUGCUUCUGAUACCGAGCUGUAUGACCUGGCAGCUGUUCUUGGCGUGCACAACCUGGUCAACAACCCAAAAUUUGAUGAGGGAACCAUCAGUAAAGAUGGGAAAGAAAUUGUGAAAAAUGUGGUCAAGGGUGAAAAGGUCAAACCAGUUUUUGAAGAGCCACCUAAUCCAACCAAUGUAGAAGCCACUUUGCAAAGGAUUAAGGCAAAUGAUCCUACACUCCUGGAAGUGAAUCUGAACAAUAUAAAGAAUAUCCCAAUUCCAACACUGAAAGAGUUUGCAAAAGCUUUGGAAACCAAUACAUAUGUGAAGAAAUUCAGUCUGGCAGCUACUCGGAGCAAUGAUCCUGUUGCAAUUGCUUUUGCUGAUGCUCUAAAAGUGAACAAGACAUUGAAAAGUCUAAAUACAGAAUCCAACUUUAUCACCGGGAUUGGGAUCCUGGCCCUGGUUGAUGCCCUAAAAGUGAAUAAGACACUGACAGAGAUCAAAAUUGACAAUCAGAGGCAGCAGCUUGGCACAGCAGUGGAGAUGGAGAUUGCUCAGAUGCUGGAGGAAAACUCCCAGAUCCUCAAAUUUGGGUACCAGUUUACAAAGCAAGGUCCAAGAACGAGGGUAGCAGCAGCCAUCACUAAAAAUAAUGACCUAGUUCGCAAGAAACGAGUGGAAGGAGAACGCCACUAGCCUUGCCUCUAUGGACAUGAAUCAGCUGCCCAUCGAAAAGAACGGGUCAGUCAGCAAUCUCAGAAAAUUCACUGCUCUGAAGGGAAGACACUGGAAAGCCUUUAGAAGAAGGCUGCUCCAUUACUCUCAUUCUCUCUUUUUAAACAAAACAAUCAAGUUUGAUUUUCUUUUAAACAUCUGUUAACAACAGCAACAACAACAUCAAGUUUUGAUUGACGUUCAAAACCAAUACACCCUCCAUACCGGUCAAAUGGGCUUUAUUGUGGAACUUCCGAAACCACUAUGAGCCUUUCUUUGCCCUUUCCCUCCCUCCUUGUAAAAACAAAACAAGUUAAAAG